UGUUUCAUUUUCAGGUCAAACACACGACAAGUCGUUUCAACGAACUUCUUUUUCCCGCACAGUUGUAAGGUAGAGUUUUUCGCUUCCACUGUUUCGCUAUAGAUAUUACAUCAAUUGGCUGCCGAAUGGAGGAAGGUAAAUAUAAAGAACCGUUUUCAGGUAACCUGACAGAGAAACGUAGACGACUCAACGGCAUCAUUUGCAUUACGAUAACCGUUGCAUUCUUGCUGCUAUUUAUAAUUAUAUUCCCGAUUGUCUGGACGACUUACAAAGAGGAACCAAUCCCCACCAGGAGCGUGGGGAUUCCUCCUCCACCAACUGGUCCACCAGGAGCGGAUGGCCCCUAUAAACACGCGGUUGUUGCGUCAGACGCUGGCCUAUGCUCAGAGAUAGGCCGUGACGUUCUGAAGAAAAAUGGAUCAGCCAUGGAUGCUUCCAUCGCCGCCUUGUUCUGUAUUGGGGUUUACAACAUGCAUUCGGCCGGUAUCGGGGGAGGCGGCUUCCUGGUUGUGUACAACAAGAGCAAUAAAUUUGUGGAGGUCAUAGACUUUCGCGAAGAAGCCCCAGGGAAGGCCAACAGAAACAUGUAUGUUAAUGAGACGAUGAGCUCCAAAUUAGGUCCCACAGCAUCUGGGGUGCCGGGCGAGGUGAAAGGUUUUUACGAAGGCUGGAAAAAGUAUGGCAAACUUCCCUGGAGGGAACUGGUGCAGCCUUCCAUUGACAUGGCCAAAAAAGGAUUUCCAUUUGGUUAUGCUGCUUACAAGGCGGCCGCAAGGUCAACUGUCAAGCCUCUUCUUAAAAAAGAUCCCGGCUUGAGGGAACUUCUCUUCAACAAGAAAGGCGAAUUAAAGCAGCUAGGCGAGACCCUGUACAUGCCCAAGUAUGCGAAAACACUGGAGAAAAUUCGUGACAAACCUGAUGAUUUUUACAACGGAAAACUGGCCGAGGACAUUGCAAAGGACAUCAAGGAAGGCGGCGGUAUUUUUACCUUGGAAGAUUUAAAGAAAUACAAGGCAAAAUUCAAGACACCCAUACAAGGAACUCUGGGGAAGUACAACUGGUACUCGACCCCUCCCCCCGGAAGUGGUGCGGUGCUGAGUCUUAUCCUGAAUAUUUUAAAAGGAUACAACAUGAAGCCAUCAGAUCGGAAUGGAACAAAGAAUUCGGUCUUGACGUACCACAGGAUUGUAGAGGCUUUUAAGUUUGCGUACGCGUACAGAGCUUUGUUGGGAGACCAGGACUUUGCAAAUGUAACACAGGUUCUCAAGCAAAUGACAAACGAGACGUUUGCAGAAUCUCUACGUCAGAGGAUUCGGGACGACCGCACAUUCACAAAUUACACACACUACGGUGACUUCUAUCAAAAAUCCAACGAUCAGGGGACUUCACACUUGUCUGUUAUUGCAGAAAAUGGCGACGCUGUUUCAGCAACUACAACGAUCAAUCUGUACUAUGGAUCGAAAUAUCGAUCGACUCGUACUGGAAUCAUUUACAACAACGAAAUGGACGACUUUUCGACUCCAGGGAGAGAAAACGCGUUCGGUGUUUUACCAUCAGAAUCAAAUAUGAUCGUACCAGGGAAAAGACCUCAAUCCUCCACCACACCCUCUAUAUUUGUGGAUAAAAGCGGAGUGGCACGUUUGGUUCUUGGUGCGUCUGGUGGAACGAAAAUAACAACUGCAGUUUCCCUGGUUACAAUGAAUUAUCUCUGGUUUGGCCGAACCCUCCCUCAAGCCGUUGUCGAUCCCAGGCUCCACCAUCAGUUACAACCGAUGUAUAUUCGUAUCGACGAAGAUUACCCCAUGCCUCUGCUGAUCCAAGAAGGAUUAAAGAAUCUUGGGCAUAAAGUAGAGGCCAAGAGCCUUUACGCAGUGGUCCAGGCUGUGGCAAGGAACGAAGAUGGGACAUUGACUGGCAAAUCGGACCCAAGGAAGAGUAGCUGGGCGGCUGGAUACUGAUUAGUGUAACGCAAUGCAACGAAACUUUCUAUCACGCAACAUACAGUAAAAAUAUCUAAGUAUUAGAGAGCGAGUUUCUUGUUAGAGGAGAUCUGCGUCAUUGAAAAGAGAAGGUCUUUGUAACCUUAAUUUGUAUAACUGCUGCCAUGACUUGAAGGUUACAGUUAUAACUAACUUUAGAGCGUGAUCCUAAGAAUAGUAUCCCAUAAUGCACUUCAAAUGUCGUAACGUGUAACACAACGAGUUUACUUGAGGAAUUUAGAUUUCAAAGCAAAAUUUCAUAAAAUAAACUGGCAACGUGGGGUCA